UCACAAGGACAAUUGUGAAGAAUAGUAAUCUGAUUUUUUAUGCGUUGUUGUUUAUGUGAAUUUACUUUUAAUUUAAUUGUAACUCUAUAUUGAUAUAAAUUUAUCAAUUAAUUUAUAUUUAUUUUGUGAAUCCAACUCAUUGAGAAAAUGAAUUCAAUUGCUGCAGGAAGAUUUGCAUUGAUGAAGCCAUCGCAAAUGGCAGUGGUUAUUUAUGAUCGUGGAGCCGUUGCUUCUAUUUCAACCACUACUCGAUGUAACAAUGAGUUAUCUCAACAACAAGGACAGGUCAGCCAAUCGAAUCAAAAGUCAGCAGUGGAUUCCAGCGGUAAGAGUUUAGGCGUUUCACCAUUUGUUGGUACCCAUUCAAUUGGAGAGUUUGCUAUGGCUCGAAUGGAUGAUCUUACCAAUUGGGCCAGACGUGGUUCAUUAUGGCCUUUGACUUUUGGAUUAGCCUGUUGUGCCGUUGAAAUGAUGCACAUAGCUGCUCCUCGUUAUGAUUUAGAAAGAUUUGGUAUGUUAUUCAGAGCAAGUCCUAGGCAAGCUGAUGUCAUGAUUGUCGCUGGUACUCUCACAAACAAAAUGGCUCCAGCUUUUCGUAAAGUUUACGAUCAAAUGCCUGAUCCUAAAUGGGUUUUGUCGAUGGGAAGCUGUGCCAAUGGAGGAGGCUAUUAUCAUUACUCUUAUUCUGUUGUUAGAGGUUGUGAUAGAAUCGUUCCAGUAGAUAUCUAUGUUCCCGGAUGUCCUCCGACUGCAGAAGCAUUAUUGUACGGUUUGCUUCAAUUACAAAAGAGGAUUAAGCGACAAGCCACUGCUCAGGCUUGGUAUCGUUCUUAGAAAAUGUGUUAUUUACUCUUCUUGAUCAGUAGCAUAGUAAAUAAGCAUGUAAAUAAAUUUAAUGGUAAUAAAUCGUUUAAUUGUUUAACAAUA